AAUGAUCAAGCUUCGUUAUUUUUUUGCCAAUAUUCACAAAACUAAAGCUUAUGAUAAUCUAAUGAAAUAAUAGAAAGCUUAAGUAGAAUUAGUUAAGGAUUACAUGAAUAAAAUGAAGAAUGCAAAAUCGUAAAUACUAUUUAUAUAUAAAGGGAUGAUGAGUUAAUCAAAUUAAAAUAUUAAUCAAUAAAUGAAUUUCAUAAAUUAAAAGAUGAAUAAGCUGGCAUUCUUGAGUAAAUCAAAUUAGAAAAAAAGAAAAAUUUUGAGAAACAUUUAAUUAGUAUGGAAGUUGAUCCUGCAGAUAUAGAAUUACUUUAUAAAGGAAAAUAAAAGAAAAAUAAAGAUGAAAUAGUAGUUGAGAGUGAAAAUCAAAACACUAAUAAUGAAUAAAACACAAAAUAAGCAUAAGAAUAAACAAAAAUAAAUGUUCCUAAAAAUUUAGAAAUCAGAAAUUUAGCAUCUCCUAUUAGAACUUAAGGACAUCUCAUUUUAUUAGGUGUUUAAAGACAUAAUGCAUAGCAUUCUACAUAUGUUUAUGGUAAGAAAUUUAAUUAAUAAUUUUAGAUGCUCUAUUUCAUUUGAAACCAUAGGUUAUUAUGACUGAUUUGCCUGUAGAUGAUCCAUUUUUUAUUAAAACUGAAAGUAAUUACAAAUAAACAUGGAAAUCUUUUAUUGAAAAUAAACUUACUCCAACUUUCCUUAUUAAUCCAUAACCUAUCACUUUACCAGAUGUUCAUUUACAUAAAAAUAAAGUAAAUUGGAUUUUUGAAAAUAAUAUAUCUAAGAACUCUUAAUUUAUUAUCAAUCCAACCAAUAUAAGUGAAAUUACUAAAUCUGUAUUUGAUAAGGAAAUUGAAAUAAUUGAUAUUCUUAAAACUCCAUUUUUAUUCAGUUAUCAUCAUACAACACCUAUAGUAAUUAAUGGAUAUCCUGAAUUAAAUUAUAGAUAUUAUUUAGCAGAGAAUUGUUAGCUAGAUGAUUUAAAAGAGUUAUUAAAAGAAAAAAAGAUUGCAAAACAAGAAAAAAGAAGAAACUUUGAUCCUUUCUUAUUAUAACCAGACUUAUUUAUUUUACCAAAAAUUAAAUUUAUGAUUGAAAUAAUUAAAAUGAGUAAAUAUGUUAUUUUUAUUUUAGCUUUAACAUCAUAUAGUACUGGUGUAAUUAUAACAGAAUCAAAUAAAAUUAAUUAGAUUGAAGAAGAGUGGAAAUAGUCUUCACAUCGAUCAAUUUCAACAGAUUUAAGAACUUAGAUAUAUCCAGUAAAACCUAUUAAAGAGACAGAAGAAUUUAUUAAAAAAUUAAUCAUUUUAGAUGAACUUAUCUCACCAUUCAUAUAUGAUAAUUUUGUUAAAUUUAAUAGCUUUCCUUAUCAAUUUAAUUCAGUUUUUAAGAUAAGUUUAUAAUAAUAUUGGGAUAAUUACAAAAAUUAAUUAUCAAGAUGAG